AAAAAUUGUAUAUCAAUCAUCUUUUGUUUGAAAUUUUUCAAGUUUCAAGCAUUCAACUACAGAAACGUAUUUUUUCAAAAAAUAAUUUAUCUUAUUUUCUUAGUGAAGUAGUGAACUAAAAAUAAAUAUACAAUUUUAAUUUUAUAUUGUAUACCUAUAUCCGGCAUUGUUUUAAUGGUAUUUUAAGAAUUUAAAAAACAUUAUAGUCAAGAUGAGUACUUUUAAUCUUGAAAAAAUGGUGGGAACCAUUGAUAAACUGGGUACUUCUCUAGAUGUAAUGUUAUGUUGCAAAGAUAGUGAAGGCGGACAAGAAAUAUUAGAAACUUGUGAACAAUUGGAUAAUUUAAUUAUGUCAUUUGACGAUCAAAUUAGUAUUCUAAAAGAUGCUCUAAUCAAAGAGAAAAAUUCUCGUCAAUCGUCAUUUCAAAGGCAACUAGAUGAAUUGAAAACAAUUGAAGAAAGAUGUAACCACAUGAUAGUUUAUAUCCAAUUAAAUACUGAACUCGAAUCCCAGCAAUAUAAUCAAAAUCAAGAAAUAAAAGAAUGUAGAGGAAAUAAUUCAAAUAAUAUGGCUAACAUUUCAAUGUCACCUGUACCUAAGUGGAAUGAUGCUUAUUCUCUAUCUGAGAACACUAUACACCAUACUAUGUCAAAUGGUACAAUAAUGAGUAACAGUAUGAUGGGUCAGUCUUUAAGAUCUCAGACUGCUAAACAAGUUCUUGAUAUUCCGCUUCUCAAAUCUGUUAACAACAAUGAAAUGGAUACUGUUCCAAAGUACAUGAAAGGUCGUUUAACUUCAUUAAAUGUGAAUGUUGUGAUAGAUGGUAUUAAUAUUGCAUUAGAAAAUAAAUAUGAAAUUUUGCGAAAACCAAGAAACGUAUUAAAGAAAAAAGAUCAAGACAUGUAUAACACGUGGAAAAUUCAGCAAAAUGAUGUUGGACAAGGUCAAUACUUUGUAACUGCUGAUGAUAUUUCUAGAUUUGGGGAAACAAAAGUGGAUAAAACUACAUUAAACAUAAUUCCCAUAUUAAGACAUUUAAAACGAUUAAAAGAAUCUCGAACAGGUGGCUUUGUUUAUUAUUUACCAUACUAG